AUGUUGCAAUGGUUUACCCAACUUCGAUAUCCAAAUAUCGUAUCAAAAGAAUGCUUUUCCGCUGAAGACUCGUUCUAUGCUCUGUGUGAAGAUCUCCCUCUGAUUUUAGAGCAUCUCAUUGUUUAUCGUGCCUACCCCACUGAAGCCCAACUGGCCUUGAUCGUAAAACAUAAUCCGAAAUGCCCUUGGAGAUGGCAAUCACUUUCGUCGCCCGCCCUUUUAAAUCAGGGGCAUAAAAGUAUUGAAAAGAUGGACGGCGCCGGUGGUAUUGACUCGGAAGUGGUCAAUCACAUCUUGUUCAAGGGCUUUUGGAUCGCGGUCCUGUGGAGGAAUUCCACCAACCAAACCCACGGGCCUGGGACGAAGCUCAAUUCAGAAAGGCCUACAUAUAAGACCUAUUUGAGCGGUGGCAAUCUCUCGUCCAUGACUGAAGCAUCUCCUGAGAAACCUGCCAUUUUAAUUGGUUUGGAUGAGACUGUAGGAAUGUUUGUGGGAGUGAAAAUCGAUAAGUACGACCUUAUUGGUAAUACGAGUUUAUACAAAGGCGAGGAUCGUGAAGAAGCUCUGGUGUUAAAAGAGUACUCGAAGACUCUGCUAGCCGCCUCAACAAUCUAUAUUAUGUGUCUCGCAUGUGCCAAAAUCGCCCUCCUACUGUUCUAUUACUCAUUACUGCAUGUAAUACAAUUCUGGAAAUAUUUCAUGCACGUUGUCAUUGGAAUCAUCGCAGUAUAUACCAUUGCAAUAUUCUUUUCACUCAUCUUUGCAUGCCAUUCUAUUGGAAAAAGUUGGGACCCUACGCCUCAGACAUCGCAUAUGAGUUAUUGUGUUGAUCGAUUGGGUCUAUAUCUUGCGAAUGCAAUCCUCAACACGGUGAGCGAUAUCAUAUUGACUCUCAUUCCCGUUCCCAUUGUUUGGAGUUUGCAUGUACCGGUUGGACAGAAGCUGGGGAUAGCGGCUAUAUUUGCAAUUGGGUGUUUGUAA